CCGAAGGGAGGAGGAGGAGGAGGAGGAGGAGGAGGAGGCGGCGCUGACGCAGCAGCGUGGAGCCCGGGACUCGGGCGCCCCGGGAGGAGGGCUCCCGGUCGUUGGAUCUCUCCCCCCAGACCGGGGCCUGCGGCAGCCCCGCGCCGCGGGAGCGCGCCCCGGAUUGGACAUUGAUCCUAUGACGCAUGCCCGAAAGAAACAGCUUUUCCUUCUGAAACACCCGGCCGGUUCUGCUGGCCAGGCUUCCUCACCAGCAGGCAGCAGGAGGAUGGACAGGACCGAGGCAGAGUGUGGCAAGCAGAGAGAUGGAGAUGGCCCCGGGGCUCCCAAGUGUCCCAGUGCAUUUAUGGGGGCAAACAAAAGCAAGACUUUGCAUGAGGUGCGAAAGACGUACCCGCUGCGCAGGCGCCUGCUCCCCUCGGUGAGCAAAAAGACCUGCAAAGUGCUCCUCACCAGGCUGGAGGACGUGGCCGGGUCUCUGUCGAAACAGAGCCAGAGCUGUCAAAAAAAGGACCUUCCCAGUUGGAUGGAAGGUUUGGGACCUGCUUUGUUCUCUGAAAAAGUUCAGCCUGUGGGAGGAGGGAAGAGUGACUCAGCUGGGGAAAAGUGCACAAUAACUUAUCCAGGGACAGAGGCAGAGCUGGACGCUGCUCGCGCGGAGCCGCGGAAGCGCCGGCUGGCCUCGCUGAACGCCGAGGCCGUCAACAACCUGCUGUUCGAGCGGGAUGACGGCUGCGUGUCCGGCCGGCGCCUCCGCAGGGACCCGGGCAAGGCCGGGGCAGACUGCUCCAUCAAGGGCUUGCAUUGCAAAGCUGGGGACAGCUGGUCGGCCCUGGAAAAAACGGCUGUGAAGACAGGUAAAGGAAAGAGCCGGCACGAGCCCAGUCAGAAAUGCAAUAGCUGCGACCAUUCGCUGGAUGAGGUCUUUGAGGAUGGGACGAAGAGGGAGGAUGGUGCCAUCUCCUAUCAUCCCACCCCAAAGAGACUGGCCAGCCUGAAUGCUGUGGCCUUUCUGAAGCUGACCCAUGAGAAGGACCAACCCCUGAAGCAGAGGAGUAAAUCGGACGGAGAGGGCAAGUCUGAGAACCACUGUUCAAAAUCUACACUCAAAUGGGCCAAAGCCGGUAGGAAGAACUGUGUCAAAUCCAAGAAGGAAAUGGCUAGCUUAAAAAUGGAAGGUCAGCACGGCUGGCGAGGACUUCACCUGGGGGCUGUGGGGAAAGGGGAGCAGAGGGACUCCUCCAGGCUCUACGGGACGGCAGAGCCCGUCCCUUACGAGUCGGUGUCGAGCUCCUACGCCAGCACGGAGGGGUUCUACCACAGACUGCCUUUGCUUAUGGGUGGACAAGCUUCCAUGAAGCCAGAGUAUGGAAGACCCGGAGAGAAAUCCCCAACCCCCAAACAGGAAUUUCAUCAGCCUUCCUUUCCCGUGCAGCAGUUCCCUCCCUUGCCUGUGCCGGGCAAUCACUCGGGUUGUGGGUGUCUCUAUGAAUCCUCGGAUCUGACGCCCUUCAACGGGUUUUAUGUUUAUUAUGGCCAAAGUGGGUACAGUGGCUACUCUCCCUGCUCCGUUUACCCCAAGGACGAGCUUUCGCAGCCUGCCACCUGCGAGGGGCUCUUGGUCUCGCCCGGUUCCUUGCCAUCAGGUGCUCAUUUCCAGCCACUCCACUGGUGUAACUCUCCGUACUGCUGCGGAGAGGGAGCAGCCGUGAACAGCUACAGCGUCUGCGGGGUCGUGCACGUGCCAGAGGGCAGGAUCAGCAGCGUGCACGCCGGGCGGAACAGCUACCCCUACAAAAUGCCUUUUGCAGCAGAAGGCUGCAAGUCUCUGGACCAGCUGAACCUCACAAUCCCCGUGGCAGGGCACCCCGCGUCUCCUGCCCACCCGCUCUCAGGAUGUCCUGUACCCAGCGUGCCACCGGCUGCAGAACCCGUUCCUCAUCUGCAGACCCCCAACUCUGACCCUCAGACCAUGGCCCGAGAAUGUCCGCAGAGCUCCAAGCCUCCCAGCGGCUCCAAGUCCGGCCUCAGGAACACCCCGGGCUGUCUCCACGCCUCGGACAGCAAGGCCGUGGGGGGCCACGGCCACCCCAAGCAGCAGCGCAUCAGCCGGCGCAAAGCCACCAACGGCUGGAUGCCCGUGGGCACGGCCUGCGAGAAGGCCGUCUACGUGGUGAACGAACCCGAGCCGGCCGUUCGCAAGAGCUACCAGGCUGUGGAGAGGGAUGGGGAGAUCAUCCGGGUGCGGGACACCGUCCUCCUCAAGUCCGGGCCGCGCAAGAAAUCCAUGCCCUACGUCGCCAAGAUAUCGGCGCUGUGGGAAGACCCCAAAACAGGGGAGCUGAUGAUGAGCCUCCUGUGGUAUUACAGACCGGAGCACACUCAGGGAGGCCGCAAUCCCAGUAUGCACCAGAACGAGAUCUUUGCGUCCAGGCAUCAGGACGAAAACAGUGUUGCCUGCAUAGAAGAGAAGUGCUACGUGCUGACCUUUGCAGAGUACUGCAGAUUUUGUGCCUUGGCAAAGCGUCGCGUCGAAGGGAUCCCGGGCAGGAAAACCAUGAUGGUUCCUCCCUCGGAAGAAUAUUCCACCCCUCUGCACCGCAAGGUGCCCGAGGACACUGACCCCGAGCUGGUUUUCCUCUGUCGUCACGUCUACGACUUCAGGCACGGGCGCAUCCUGAAGAACCCCCAGUAGCCCCGUUCCCCGUCCCGGCGGCACCGGCACAUCCCGGCGCUCCAGGGAGCCCGGAGCGCUUUGCCCUGGGGCUGCAGGAGCAGCUCCCGGGGAGCCAGGCAGCAGUGGAAAGCACAGCACUUCAUGAAAAGCAUAAAUGAGAAUAUAUGCGUAUAAAAUAAAUAUAUGUAUAUAGA